GGCGAAUCAAGGCCAACUUGGAACGGACCAGCUUCGGCUUCGAGCUGCCUUGCAUUGUCCAUCCCGAGCCCGCCGUGCUAUGGCGACAGCACCUCUCCUCUGCGACUAGCACAGCCGACUGGGCCAGCCCAAACAAACCACCAUGGCGCGAAUACCCCUCGCCAUCGUCCUCCUCCUAGCCGUCCUGGCAACGCUAGCCAGCGCAUCGGUCCCCUCCUUCUGCAAAUGCACCUGUUUCCAAAACAGCACUAUCAUCCCGCUCGGCCCGCAACACGACAACAACAACAACAACAACCAGCCGGCACCACCACCCCCGAAGAAACCGUCCCCCUCCUCGAACCGCCCCGCCCCCUCCUCCCCAACAUCCCCCUCCGACACCAACACCAACACCAACCCCAACCCCUCCCAAUCCCAAUCAACCACCCUCGCAACCACCAACCCCCUCCACGCCCUCCGUGCCCUCCACCCCCGCGAAUCCUCCACCUCCUGCAAGCAAUGCAACCGGGCCUUCUGCCUGAAAUACAACCUGCCCAUCUGCAAGGACGCCGAGGAGAAGGACAUCAAGACGAGCUGUUUCCAGCGGGACAGCCCCAAGGACCGGGUGAUUGUGUGGGGGUUCAUCCUGGGCACGGCGGGCCUGCUGGGGUGGGCGGCGCUGCGGCGCGUGAUCGACUCGGCGCGGGAGCGGCGGCGGCAGCAGCAGCAGCAGGGAGGAGGUGGUGGGAUGGGGAUUGGAGGGGGGAGGUUCGGAGGGUUUGGGGGGUUGAUGGGUGGUGGUGCUGGGAGGGGCGGCAAUAGCGGGCGGGGUUUUAGCGCUGUGCCGGGAGGAGGGGCGGAUAGAGAGGUGUAUGAUCCAUUACAGGAUGGGCAUGACGAAGGUGUGACACGGGGCCCGGGAUGAAUAAUGGUGUUGAGGUUGUUGUGCUUAGUUCGAAGCGAGGCGCGUAUACGGAUCGGAUUCCGCUCGAGACGUUCCACAUAUGACGCGCGCAAGUUUGUGACGGCCAAUUGGUAUCUUUACCAACCCAUGAUGUUAAGAGCCUCACAGGAGACUG